UUCUUCUUCAAUCAAUAGUUCAUUAACGGUGUAUGUGGGUACCUGGACUAUGAGGACGGUGAGGGUUGUAAGCUCCAGUAGGUCAAGGUUCCGUAUGUUAAUGGCUGUCUUGGUGUUGCUGACAGUGCUGCAGGCCUUCCAUAUUUUCUACUUUCCCCUCAGAUAUGAGUCUCUUAUGCAAGUGAACGUCACUUCUCUAGGAGCAAUGCCAUCUGGGUCUUGGGCUAAUUGGUUGAAUCUUGAAAUACCCCGGGCUCACUCUAUGCCAGAGAUGCCAGGUAAUGUUAAAGCACCCCGGGUUCACUCCAUGCCAGAGAUGCCAGGUAUUGCAACUAAGUCCUUGUACUCAGACUUUACCAACCAUACCACCAAACCCACAAGAAAGAGUGCAUCCAGAGUAGGUAAAGAACUAUGGAAAUUUAAAACUGGCAUUAAAUUGUCCAAGGAAAAUAAAUUUAAUCCUUCAAACGAAACAAUAAAAAACAUAGGUGAAACGAUGAAUGUGCAUGAUUUACCUUCUUCAGUGUCUAAGCUACCUCCGUGGGGCCAUCAAGAAGAAUUGUCCAUUACUAACAAAGAAAAACCUGAUAUGACUGUUGCAAUUAGCAAAGAAAAAGAAACGGCACUUUACAAGAUUUCCGAUUCUUGUGAAAUGGACAAUGGCUUCGAACAAUCACAUACUCUUCUUGGUGACAUUGCGGCUUUACCUAGUGGAAUUGAUAGUGGUGCUCGCACACAAAGUAAAGCUCUUUGUCCUGUUACUCCACCUAACCUCAGGGGUCGUCUUAAGGUGCAGCGCACAUCACCAACCCUUCAAGAACAGGAACACAACCACCCAGAACUUGAGUUAGGAGGUCACUACACACCAGCUGAGUGCCGAGCUCGACACAAGGUUGCCAUCAUCAUCCCAUACAGAAACAGAGAGACACACCUGGCUUUAUUCCUGAAUCAUACACAUCCAAUACUUCAGCGUCAACAGAUUGAUUAUACUAUCUAUGUAGUAGAACAGGCAGUUUCAGGUAAUGAUAAGUUCAACCGGGCAAUGUUGUUGAAUGUGGGAGCCUUGGAGGCGUUAAAAUUAUACAAGCAUGACUGCUUCAUCUUCCAUGACGUUGAUUUACUAUCGGAGGAUGAUCGUAACCUCUACACCUGUCCUGACCAACCUCGACACCUAUCCACCGCUGUUGAUACUUUCAAGUACAGGUUGCCUUAUGAAAUGUUAUUUGGUGGUGUACGUGGCCUGUCUGUAGAUCAUUUUCGAACUGUGAACGGCUUCAGCAACAAAUUCUGGGGCUGGGGAGGAGAAGACGAUGACAUGGCAAACAGGUUAAUAUACCAUGGUUUCUUCAUAUCUCGUUCCCCGAAAAUAACUGGUCGCUAUACUAUGCUGUCUCACACGAAGGAGAAACCCAAUAAGGAGAGGUACCGCUUCUUACAUGAAGGAAAAAAGAGAUUUAACACUGAUGGCAUCAACAGUAUCAAAUAUCAAGUCUUAGAUAUUCAGCGGCGUCGGCUGUACACUUGGAUCUAUGUACACCUCUGUCCUUCAUAGUCAUGUCCGUUCUCAUUUGUUGAAUUGUAUUUCAAUAAAUAUAUCUGGCAUUACAUUCUGAUCAUUUGCGAAUGAUAAUUAUUUUGUGUAUUCAGUCAUAUAAGAUAUUAUUACUGAAAUAAAUAUAAUACAUUUAGCUACUUGGUGAGAAUGGAAGUGAUUAAUAUUUGUCAUCUAUGAGCAUCAUUCUGUUUUAUGUAAAGGUCAAGAGUUUCAGUAACUCAACUUCAAAAUGGUUUAUUAGUGACUUGUUCACCUUUAUGUGUUUAUUAACACGAAGAUACAGUUUAUCUAAGUAUAAAUAGGUAAAUUAACAAUAGUUAGUAUUUUUGUAUAUAUUAACAUGUUUAACUUAAUACAUAUGCAGUUGCAGUUAUUAGUGAGGUGUAACUAACCCUGUGUUUGUAGUUGUAUGCAUUAGAGGACACUUAGAAUACAAAGAUGUAUGGUUUGGCUUUAAUAUUGUGGAGUAGAGAUCAUAGUUUGUAGUUUCAUUUCAGUGUUGUAAAGAUGUAUGUUGUAUAUUUAUUAACUUGAUAAUGAGGAUGACUUUCAUGGCUGUGGCUCUUUGGUGCCUUACAACAUACACUAAUUUAACUUUCACACUAUACAGGGUGACCAUAAAUGAUUUUCCUGAUUUCAAAUAUUUAUUAUAAAGAAACUAACAAUGGUAGAGCCAAAUAUAAAAUACACAAUAACAAAGUGA